AUGUGGAGUUUUGGCGUUCCGAACCUUGCAAGCAUCGAAGCUCUGGUCGAAAAGGAGGAUACAACUGUGGAAGCUGUUCUAGAUGAUCCAGCUUUCAUGGCAGCCAUUAGAAAUGGCAUUCCAAUGUUGAUAAACUUCUUAGUCAAACCACAGAAUAUCAAUAGACUCCUAGAUUUAGCAUUUAACGGAAUAACACCAAAUACUAAGCUACCUUCUAAAACAAUUCGUACAGCAGUUUCUGUUUUAUCAACAGGAAUUUCAAAUAUGAUGAACAGAUUACUUAAUACGCCAGAAUUUACAGCAAGAAUCAUCGAGUUUCCCAACACAGAAUACAGCGCAAAUCCAAGAGCUUGUGGUCAUUACUCGAAAAUCGUAGAAAGCCUUGCUAGAUUCAGCAACGGGAGCUUCCUCUCACAGCUUACAGGUCUUAAAGAGUUUCUCACUCGUAACAUCAAAUGCAUAGGCCUUAGAUACUUAUUAAUUUUCCUUUGCACAGAUUUCCCAGAUACAUUCAAAGCCAACGAGGAAUUAUUCUGCAAUUUAGCACAGUCGAUCACAGAAGAGAACGGCUGGUACACAAUUACAGCAAUUAAAGAAAUAAUCAAAUCAAAUAGCAAUUUUGCCAGCGAAUUAUGCAAUCCACAGUGCAUUACUCAUCUACUUACUGCUGCCUCUAACCAGGAGUUCAGCCCCAUGCUCCAAAUGGAAACUUUCAAUCUUAUCGGAAUGCUCCUUACAAAUAUCGACCAGCAGCCUGAUAUUAAGGAGAUAAUAUCACAGUCAUGCUCCAAUUACGAUUUCAGCCUCCCACACCCACAGAAUGUUUUAGCAGCCGCAUUAAAAGUUUAUGUUACAGACAAACCCGAAAUUCUCCUCAAAAUAUUCGACAAUACUACAUCUACAUUCCUCAAUGAUGGCAUUAUCAAGUCAUUCCAGGCAAUGUCUCAAGAUCAAAUCCAAGAUUUUGAAAAAACACAUAAUUUAACAUCACAGAUCAUAGAAAACUUCCCUAAGACCAAGACUAACUACCAUCUUACACUCCUUUCCAACAUUCUCAAUGAAAAAUUGUCAUCAAAAUCAGAAGAUUGGACAAACUUCGUUCAGAAGCAGCUUGCUGAGAGAAAUCAUAACAGAGAAAAGGUCUAUGGUGAGAAAUCUUCAACAAGUGAAGACGACGGAAAGAAUUCUGAUAAAGAUUUUUCAGAUUCGUCGAGCGAUGACAUUUCAUCCAGUUCUGACUCAUUAGAUUCAUCCAGCGAUGAAGAUGACGACGACGAUGAUGGAGAAUUCAUCAUAACUCACUCAGAUGACUCUUCACCAACAACAAAGAUUUCAUUCAAUGCUGAUGGUGAAGCAGAAGUCAUAACAUCCGAUGAAGAAGUCAUUAUUGUCGAAAAAGAAAACACUGAAAAUCAAAAUGAGGAAGAAUCGAAAUCUGAACAGCCAAAUUCAGAACAAAAUCAAGAAACAAAGGAAGAGGAACACAACAAUGACAAUGAAAAGAAGGAAGAUUCAAACGAAAAAGAAAAUCAAAAUUCUGAAUCUCCAAAACCAGAAAAUUCUGAAAAUUCAGAGGUACAGAAACCAGAAGACACAAAAAUUGAAGAGCCAAAGCCAGAGGAACAAAAAAGUGAAGAAUCAAACGCUGAUUCGAAGGCAGAGGAAAAUAUAGAGAAUAAGGCUGAACAGCAACCAGCUAAGGAAUAA